AUGAAAAUUUUCGCAUUUUUAGCCGGAUUCACAAGUGCUCUUCCCGCUUAUACCGAAGUUGCGGAGCUUGCAGCGCAGCCGAACGCAACUGAAGCUGUCAAAGAAAUUGAAUCAAGAAUGCAAGAUGUCCUACAAAAACAAAAUGAUCUCAAUCAAAGACAAGAAGAGUUGGGAAAAAUGGGGCAACGAAUGGACGAUGAUUGGAGCAGAAUGGACCGCGCUUGGGAAUAUGUGGGCCAACAUCGACUGGAGUAG